CCCCGCUUUGCCCCCUGCCAUGCUGCCCCUCCUCCGUGCCCUGAGCAGGGGGGGCACCAGCUCCUCGGCCCCCUGGAUUGACCCGGGCGGGGCUGGCCUGCUCCCAACCUGCAGCUUCUGCCUGGGGAGGGCCAAGCCCCCUGCCUCGCCACCGGAACCCGGCCCCCCGCACCCCACUGCGGCCCCCGAGGGGUUUCCUUCCCCCUCCUGCCCCCCGGAGAGGCGGAGCACCUUUGUCGCCCUGAAGCGGCUGCUGGAGCGAUCGCGCAGCGUCCCCGAGCUCCUGCGCUGGCUGUGGCAGAACCCGGGCCGGGUGUCGGGUGCGCAUUAUGCCCUGGCCCUCGGCCACCUGGGCCGCCUGCUCCCCCAGGACAAGGGGGGUCCCUGCCUGGAGCCCCUCCUGCACCAGCCCGACUUCCAGCAUCUCAGCCGGGCCGUCGCCAGGCGCUGCGCCCAGUUUGACGACGCCACCCUCGUCCGCUGCCUCCAUGCCUCGGCUGCGCUGGGCCUGCCUGGAGACAGCCGCCUGGUCCUUGCGCUGCAGGAUGAGGCCCAGAGGCGGCUGGAGCGCCUCCGCCGGAGGGACGUCUCCACGGCCAGCGGCAAAGCCGUGCGCCUCCGCCCACUGAGCCACGCUGCUGCUGCUACCACCCCCCCUCCGUCGGAGGCCUGCCAGGGCAGCCCGGAGCCGCGCCCGGAGGAACAGCGCCGCCUGCAGACCCUCUUUUUGCUCCUCUCGUACUACCGCCUGCGGGCCCAGAAGCAGCAGGAAGAAACCCCACCGGUGCGGCGCGAGUUCCUGCGCCUGGUACAUCUCUCGCUGCGCCAGCUGCAGGUUGCGCAGGAGGAGGAGCUGGCGCUGCUGGAGCAGAUGCUCUGUCUGGGCGCCCGCGAGGCCAGUGGCAGCGACACCCUGGGCGCCAUCUUCGGGUCCCGGCUCUUCUACCAGAACCGCCGGGAGAACUUCAUCUGCAGCAUGGCAGACUGGUUCCCUGGCAAGGCGGGGGGCUUGACCCCUCCCACCAUGGCCCUGGUUGCCAAAUACUUGUCCCGCCACCGCCUGAGGGAGCCUCGCCUGCUGGACGCCAUCGCCACCUUCCUGCUGGAAAGAGCACAGCAGCUGGAGAGCAAGAUGAUCCAGAAGCUGGUCUUCCCCUUCAGCCGGUUGAACUUCCGCCCGUCCAACCACGCCGACCUCUUCCCCCGCCUGGAGGCGGCUGUGCAGAAGCCGGGUGUCUCCCCCCUGGCCGCCCUCAACACCCUCAUGUCCUUGGUGCAGCUCUGCCACUUCCCUCCUGCCCUCCUGCGCCAAGUCUUCUCUCCCGCCUUCCUGGCCAACGUCACCAGCAGCCCCUGCGGGCAGAUUGUGCUGCGCUACCUCUCCCUCUUGGACGCGGCUGUGGCGCUGGAGGUCCCCGGGUACCGCGGCCCCCGCCUGCCCCCCCAGUACCGCGUGCGCAUGUUUGAAGGGGCGCUCACCGCAGACAAGGCCAACCGCAAGUACAGCUACAAAGGCCUGGUGGGAGAGGCUCUCUGCCAGCUGGUGGGCAGGGGAUGCUUCCGGCAGGACGAGGUGGUGCCCCCGGGGUAUUGCGUAGACUUCCUGCUCUGGGUCACCCCUUCCGGUGGCGUCCUCCCCCUGGGGGGCACCCACAGUUCUCCCAAGGGUGCUGCCCCCGCCCUCGCCUCUGGAACGCAGAACUCGGUGCCUUUGGGGCUGGAGUCGACGGCAGGGUCUCUUCCGCCCCUGGACAGCUUCUGUGGCCCCAGCCGGGAGCCCUCACCAGAGACCCCCUUCCCGAGCAGCCCCACACGGACGGACCCCUCCCCGGUGGGCUCCCCCUGCAGCACCAACGGGACCCACUUCUCCUUCCCCGCCAGGGGGCAGCCAGAGACUGAGCUGGGGCUGCCGGCCAGGGAGCAGCUCCUCCGCCUCCCCCCAGCGGACAAAGGGGGGCACCCUCAAGGCUUCUCCCCCCAGGGGCCCAGCACCGAAGGCACGGCGCAGGGUGGUCCACAGGAGAAGGAGGGGGUCCACAGGGUGGUGCUGUCUGUCAACGACCAGUGGCAUUACUGCCACGGCUCCUCGGUCCUGGUGGGCUCUCGGGCCAUGCGCAGCCGCCAUCUCUGCCUGUUGGGCUACCGCCUGGUGCAGCUGCCCUACCAGGAGCUGGAGAAAAUGAGGGGCGUGGAGGAGACCAAGCUCUACCUGAGACGGAAGCUGAAGGAGCUGCAGUUCUGAAGCAGAUGCUUCCAUGUGGGUCGGUGUGGGUCACCGGAGAGCAGGAAACACGAGUUGUGGCCCAUUUGGGGAUGGUGUGUCACUUUUCUUGCAGAGCACACAUUCCCCCAGUGCAUCCCUCAGAGGGAUUCAUUUGAGGUGCAAGAGAGCGUUUGUCUUUGCAAUA